UGAUGUAUUUAUUACAGGCACUGAUGUUCCAUGAACAAGUGUAGAUAAGAGAAAAAAGGUGUUUAGUCACAGUACACCUUUAUGGAAAAGCUGGUCCCACCACCCUGACCCGGGUCUCCGCUAUAUAACUCUGAAGCACGUCAGGCCUCAGAUCAGUUGAAGCAAUCUACUCUCCACUUUUACACCAUGUCAGACUUGGCCGAACUCUCCCUCCAAAGCAGCGGGAGCAUAAAGAAACCGCAGGAUCUACGACAAUUUACCACACAGCAAUUGUACAACUUUCUUGAUUCCUUCGACACAAUUUUAUCGGAUUGCGAUGGUGUCCUCUGGAAUUGUCACACUCCUAUUCCAGGUGCAUUAGCCACUCUGAAAGAACUACAAGACAUGGGAAAGAAUAUUUACUUCGUAUCAAACAAUAGCACUCUGUCCAUGAAAGAUUUUUUGAAGAAACUGCACACUCAGGGAUUUCCAGCAAAAAAGGAACAAAUAAUCAUUCCUUCACUCGUUGUCGUCUGGUACUUGAAAUCUAUCGAUUUCAAAGGAGAAGCAUACGUUAUCGGGACUGAACCCUUCAAAAAUGUCUUGAGGGAAAAUGGAAUAAAGGUUGCACCGCCAGAGCCUGACUCUGUCAAGGAGGAUUUGGCAGAAGUAGUAAAAGCUUUGCAAGAUGUUCCGUCUAUUAAAGCUAUUAUUCAUGACUUUGAGCCUAACUACAGCUGGAUGAAAAUUAUGCGGUCGAUAGUAUCACUGAGACGAGACGACUGCCUUUACAUUGCUGCGGCACUGGACAACAAAGUCGCAGUGGGAGCUGAGCACCCAUUGCUUGGUACAAAAGUCUUCACGGACAUAGUCACAGAGUUCAGCGGAAGAGAACCCACGUUGACCGGAAAACCCAGUAAACUACUGAAGCAGUACGUUUAUAAGAACUGUUCCAUUGCUGAUCCCAAACGCUGCAUAUUCGUGGGCGACACUAUUCAACAGGACAUGGGAUUUGCCAAGUUGUGUGGUUUCAAAAAACUUUUUGUCAGCUCUGGUGUGACCAGCUUGGAAGAAGUGCUGAAAGAGGAACACCUGUGUCCGGAACUCUACAUACCGUCAAUCGGUGGACUGCUGCCUUUACUAAAAAACUUACCCCCAGAAAAUGCUGUUUCUAAUCGAAAACCCCAAUAAAGCGAGUCUGUGGGACGUUGAAUUGUAAUUUAAGAUUACCAUUAAUGAAAUAUUUCUGUAUAACUGUAUCACCUGAGUGAAAUUUUUAUAAAACAUUCUUUACAAUUAUUUAUGCGACGGGUAAAUUGAAGUAGUUGUCAUUUUUGCAUCUAAAUCUCA